AUGGCCGAAACGGCGCCGUUAUCGAUUGUUACGCAGCCGAGCAAGCUAUGGAAGGGGGUUUUCGCCGUGGCCGGAAUCAUGACCACGCUCGUCACCUACGGCGUUCUCCAGGAAAAGAUCAUGAGAGUCCCGUACGGGGACGACAAGGCGUUUUUCAGGUACUCGUUAUUUCUCGUCUUCUGCAAUCGCAUUGCGACGUCGGCGAUCUCCGCCGGAGCCUUGUUGGCGAGCAAGAAGGCUUUGGAUCCCGUUGCUCCGGUCUACAAGUACUCCCUUGUAUCGGUUUCUAACAUAUUAACCACUACAUGUCAGUAUGAGGCUCUCAAAUACGUCAGCUUUCCUGUUCAAACACUUGCAAAAUGUGCCAAGAUGAUACCUGUGAUGGUUUGGGGCACUAUCAUUAUGCAAAAGAAAUACAAGGGACAGGACUAUUUGUUGGCAUUUCUAGUGACAGUGGGCUGUUCAAUAUUUAUUUUAUAUCCGGCAGGAUCUUCUGAGAUUGGUCCAUCUGAUAUAUAUGGUAGAGGAAGAGAAAAUACUGUUUGGGGCAUUUCCCUAAUGAUUGGUUAUCUUGGGUUUGAUGGCUUUACAAGCACGUUCCAAGAUAAACUAUUUAAAGGCUAUGAUAUGGAGAUACACAAUCAAAUAUUUUACACUGCAUUCUGUUCUUGUGUUCUCAGCUUGACAGGUCUUAUAUUACAAGGACAGUUGCUUCCAGCAAUCCACUUUGUUUCUAUCCACAAUGAUUGUUUCUUUGACAUUGCAAUGCUUUCCACUGUAGCAACAGCUAGCCAAUUUUUCAUUUCUUACACGAUUCGCACAUUUGGUGCUCUCACAUUUGCCACUAUAAUGACCACAAGACAGUUGGUCAGCAUUAUGCUAUCAUGCUUGUGGUUUUCACACCCCCUUAGCAGGGAACAAUGGAUUGGAGCUGUCGUUGUCUUUGGUACCCUCUAUGCAAAAAGCUUCCUGAGAAGUGCACCAAAGCCUUCAGCUUCCCAACAAAUGCAGAAUGGAGCUUCUCUUCCAGUGAAGGGGAACCCUUGA